GUUUCUUGUGAUUCCUUUGUUCGUCUCAGAUCUCAAGCAAUGAAGUUGCAAACGUAUUCUAAUGGAUUGUACAGCCAAAACGGAUUGCUUUUCAACAAGAUCGAUGAAGUGGUUCGUUUCUUUCUUAAAUUUUUGAUUUUGUUUAAAAUUAUAAAACAAUUUGUAGUUGACAACAUUCGAUGGAAACUACCAAAAAUUGAAAGGGCUGUUUGA